GAGAGAGAGAGAGGUGGGUGGCAAUACCUAAAGCUUGGAAGGAGAAGAGGGGACAAUGGGGGUGCACACUGCUCAGUGAUUUGUUAUGAUUCCUCCCUCCUCCCCCUCCCUACUCUCUCUCUCACUCUCUCUCUCUCUCUCUCUCUCCAUCCCUCUCCCUCAUUCUAGCUCUGUUGCCAAGGCUACCGUACAGCCUCUUGCUGCAUAUACCUAGACGAGGCUGUCGCCUGUGGAGCUGUGGGAUAACAGCGGUCUCUUCAGAUUGCUGUGUGUCGAAGGGUUGAUCUGAGAGGGUGGAAUGAUAGUGCUGUGAAGAGAAGCACACCCAGGACGGAUUCUAUCACACAACAUGGCCGACAACUGGUGGUUGCCACGGGAUACAUGAUUUGACCUGAUCAUGUGAUCUGACUUCUUCCAGUAGACCUUUCAUAGAUCAUGGCACCCAUCAUAUGACUGUAUUGCCUCAGGGGGAUCAUGAACAGACGUCUGAGCAGCUCGACCCGUUCCCAGACGGAGGACUCCAUCUUCCUAAAGCCAGAUGAAGACCCCAUGUGGCUGGACGACCUCCCAACGACAGACAACUUCUCUCAACCAGGGGAUGGCCUCCCAAGCCCUGAUGCAAACCCAGGACGGGGGAACAGCCCCCCAAAGGACCCAGAGAAACUGUGGAGGGACACGUUUUACAUAGUUAUCAUGGGGAUGCACUGGUGUGCCGUGCUCUGCACCAUUUCCCAAAUCACGGGUUAUUGGGUCUUCUUUAUGGUGGAUGGUAACGAGUUGUUCCCAGCCUUCUACAAAGCCUUGCAGCUCUUAGACUUCUACCUGGGCGUCCUUCUAUCAUUCAACCCUGUGUUUGGAGUGGACUCUGUGUGCGUGUUGGUGGAGAUGGAGAAGACCAAGAACUACUGGCUCCUCCACGCCACCGAAGGCAUUGGCAUGGCUGUCCUUGUCUUCAUGAUCUACCGCAUUGUGUGUAAGUUGGGGUACGGUGAAGCGUGGUGGCCCACGACGGUGGUGACUAACCACGGGGACAGACGUCAGUCAGUGAGUCGCCAGCCUUCCUUCACCCUGUCAGAGUGGACAGAUGCCCAGGAGGACCUGAUGGACCUAGAAGCUGAACCCCAGACACCUGUCUUUGACCUGGGUCUGGACACCAGGACGGAGGGGGACAUCACCACCCUCUCUGUUACACCUGUGGGCCUGCAAGAGAGGAGGGGUUCCAACGUGUCCCUGACCCUGGACAUGUGUUCUCCUGGCUGUACGGAGCCCUAUGGUUACGGUGCCCAGCUCUCCCCCAGAGACCAGACUGCCAAGGAGUACCUGAGAGAGGGAACAAACGCACUCAGCCCUGCCCAGCUCCACACACGCGCUGUGGACGACCAAGCCCUACAGGCAGAGUUCUAUGAAACUCCCAUGAACUUUGUGGACCCAAAGGAGUACAACUACCCAGGGCUGGUGAGGAAGAACCGCUACAAGACCAUCCUACCCAACACACACAGUAGAGUGAUCCUCCAGACAGCAGAUGAAGAUGAAUUCCUCAGGACCUACAUCAAUGCUAACUACCUACAGGGUUACGGGGGUGAGGAGCGGGCCUACAUCGCUACCCAAGGUCCUACAGUCAACACGGUGGGAGAUUUCUGGAGGAUGGUGUGGCAGGAACGCUGUCCUAUAAUCGUCAUGAUCACUAACCUAGAGGAGAAGAAUGAGAAAUGUGCAGAGUACUGGCCUGAGGACUCUGUGGCCCAUGAGGGCAUCCUGAUCACGGUUGUCACGGUAACCCAGGAGGACGACUACACCCUGAGGGUCUUUAGUCUGAAGUGUGAUGGAGAGGAGCGCAGCCUCAGGCAGUACUGGUACACCUCCUGGCCUGACCAGAAGACACCGGACAAAGCCCCGCCCCUCCUGGAGCUGGUACAGGAAGUGGAGCAGGCAAGAGAGGAAGCUCUGCUCACCAGCGGCCCUGUCAUCGUCCACUGCAGUGCUGGGAUAGGUCGGACAGGCUGUUUCAUUGCCACCUCCAUCCUGUGUAAACAGCUGAGGAGUGAGGGUGUGGUCGACAUACUGAGGACUACCUGCCAGCUCCGCCUCGACAGAGGCGGGAUGAUCCAGACGGGUGAGCAGUACCAGUUUGUCCACCACGUCCUCAGCCUGUACGAGAAGCAGCUGUCCCACACUGCAGAGGAGUAGAGCACUACACCUGUACCUCCAUCUUAACGUCACCCUUUAACGCACAGACACAACAACAUCCUGCCCCCUUCCAUUUCAGAGGCCCACAUACGAAAAGCCCAAUCUUGAUUUGAGAACCUUGCUUAUAAGGCAAGACGGAAACUGCUGAGGUUUCAUUAUGCUGCCAGAAAUGAUUUGAAAUAAAACAACUGCUAUGAAUUAAAACUAUGUUACUGAUUUGCUUUGCGGACGAUGCUCUAGAAGUAGUGAUGAUGAAACUUUCUGUCACUUCUAACUCAAACAUUUGUUUUCACACUUGCCAGAGGUCUAUGCAGGAUAUCUUAUCCGGUAUGCCCUAUCAAGUGCCAGUUAACUUUGGAUUAUUCAGAUUCCUCCAGAUCAGAAAACGUUCAGCCUAUAUUAAAACAGUGAUGUUAAACAAUCGCACAGUGAGGGGUCACAUGUUCGUCUGAAACGUAAGCAUACCAAACUAUCCCCUGUGAGCAGGAUGAAAAGACAUGCUCACUGGGUCUCUUUAUGUUAAAACAGUACAGCAGGCCUUUCAAACUCCUGGUGCAGUCAGGAGUCACCUCAUCUUCAGGUUGCACGGUGCUCCGUGUUCAUUACCACUGACUGAGCCAUGUACCAUAGAACUCCACAGAACCAUAGAGGAAUGUAACCAUUAGGUAACCAGGCAUUGUGUGCAGUCCCUACAGUAUUACAGUGUCAUGUGUAUGUGCAGUCAGUCCGUCAUCAUCAUGACCUCACACAGAGGCGUCAUGUGACCACCGAGACUGAGGGGGCGUGUGCAUGUCUCAUCUCCUGGGUUCACACGUGAGCUGUUAGGACCGUCACACAGUGGAAGAAUCCAGAGAUAGAGAAAUAGCAAAACUUACCCCUGUUUUUUUUUUUUAAGUGUAAAAUAGCCAGGGUGCCAGUCUGCAUCGGCUCAGUGACAACCUCUUAUGGUAUUGUCAUUCCUUUACCAUAACAAUGGAGUCAGAAAAAGCACAAACAGGUCUGGGACCAGGAUAGGAGUAAAUCAGAUAGGAGCAGAAAAGGACAAAUGUAAAUGUUGCGAGAAGAAACAACACUUCAAACUGGAGUUUAUCUUAACUCUAUUUGAUGGUUUUGCUUUCUUUCUUAGUUGUUAUUUCCCCUCUCACAAAGGAUGCAUGCUGGGAAAACCUGACCCCCGCCCUAACCCUUCCCAUCAGUGCCCCCUCAGUGGUGUUGGGAUGAUGACACAUCUACUCUCAACAGUAGCCUAAACACAUGCGUGACGUUAGCUGCCCAUGAUUGUUGUAUAGAUAGGCCAAGCCUAAUCCGUAUCAAGCACAAUAGACCAACUAUGGUUGUGUCUCUGAUGUUCAGCUGUAAAUGUUAUUUUCUGUGUCGUGUUUUGACUGUGUUGACUUAAAUGGAUUGCAUGUGCUGUAUGGGACUCUCGUAAGUCCACAAUCAAAGCGAAGUGAUUGGUUGUCCAGCUUUCCGUUGUGUAAGCGUUCUCCUAUUAUGUUGCAAUGCUUUUGAUACAGUUUGCUUUUGUGAAACCAACCAGAGAUAUUUUUAGAACAUUUUGAUACAAUCCUUUCGAGUAGAUGCCUUGUGUAUAUUACCAUUUACACCACAAUGGAAUGUAGCUCAUACUGUGGUCAAACCAUUGGUUUAUAUUGCAAGAUUUGACUGAUUUAAAAAAAAAACUAACUAAGUUACCUUACAACAACAACAAACACUGAUUAUGUUUUGUCUACAGUAUUACUUUGAUGCCUCUGGGCUUUGCUUUAUUAUGCUUUGCUUUAUGUGUCCAAGAUUUUAUCUUGUUUUCACAGAGUCCUUAAACAUUCCCCAUAUUCAAUUUAAUGACAUAAGGAAAAUCACACUGUGGUUUCACUCUAAAUGUUCACGCUGUAGUUAGGACAUUUGUGGAGUGUGGUUUCACUCUAAAUGUUCACGCUGUAGUUAGGACAUUUGUGGAGUGUGGUUUCACUCUAAAUGUUCACGCUGUAGUUAGGACAUUUGUGGAGUGUGGUUUCACUCUAAAUGUUCACGCUGUAGUUAGGACAUUUGUGGAGUGUGGUUUCUCUUCGAAGCCAAUGUCCAUGAGAGGAACAGCUCGCAGCCAGGGUUUAGAUGUGGUUAACACCUCCGAUACUUAAUAUUCUGACCUACAGUGUGGUUUCUCUUGGUGUGUAACUGAUUGAAUUGGGGCCUGUGACUCUUGGCCAGACUGGCUUUACAACAACAUGAGAAAUAAUAUGAGCUACGUGUAUGGCAGCUAAAACAAUGAUUAAGAGUUGUAUGUAAGAAAUCUCUGACAGCUUUCAUCUUGAUUGAAUACAACUGGUCAAUUACAGCGAACAUCACCAGGAGACAAUCUCCUUGUUUUGGUUUGAAAGGCAUCUCAAGAAGUCAGCACUAGUAUUUUAUCCUUCGAUUUGAAACUGACAAAAUGUUGAGUUUUGAAGAUGGAAAAUAGCUGAAACUUGGAGAAGCUGGAAAUUAAACUGUGAAAUCCUUUCUUGAUAACACUUAUUGCAAUUGAUCCAACAGCUACACUUUGAGUGCUUGUUUUCUGUGCUGACCGGGUCUCAUUCCCGUGAUGUAAAAGAAGAUAGGUCAAAUUGAAAUAGCCAAUCCAGUGAGCAAAAUCGGUUGAAUAGACGUGGAAAAUAUGUCUCUUUGGUUGAAGAUGUUGAAAGUGCAUCUUUUUGGUUGAAAAGAUGCUGAAAAUACAUAUUUUUGGUUGAAAAUAUAUUACAAACAUGUUUUUGGGGAUGAAAAUAUGUUGAAAGGUGUCCUUUUGGUUGAAAAUAAAUGUAAAGACAGUUUUCGACCAGUUCUGCUCACUGGGAAAAUAUCAGACAUACUCGAACCAACCAGCAAACAACUUACUCCUCUCCUCUGCUACUGCAGUAUUGCUUUAAGUUGUGAGUUUUUGCAUCCAAAUAAAAGUUGAUUUUCAUGAA